AUGAGUAAUAAAACUAAGAUAAAACGUGUACAAGUGCAGGGGGGAGGGGCUGAGUAUCCUGACUCAAGCAUAGUUAAUAGUAGAUUGAGUAGAAGUUUGGAUGAAGACAGAGCGGUAAGUAGAGUUGAAGAGUGUGAUGGGAGUUCUAGUUUAAAAGAAGCGGAAAAGUUAUUAAUUGAGUUUAGAAGAUUUGCAUUAAACAAGGAAAAUAGGCUUUCUCGCGCAUUAUCGGGAUCUUUAAUAGAUAUAUUUGGAAAAGCAGUGGAUUUAGUAAGAUCAUUAACAUUGGAAAAUGAAAGGUUAUUAGGAAAACUUAGUAUGUGUUCUAAUGUGGAUAGGUUGGAGGUUCCGAUUACAUCAACACCAGUGCCAUAUUCGGAAGCUGUAAAAUCUAAAGUAGCAAGGUCUGAAAAGAAAGAAGGAGAUAAUGUGGUUUUAAUUAAGGGUUCUCAAAAUGAGGAUAGCGAUACUAUUAGGCAAAAAUUUUUAAGGGGUAUUAACCCGAUUAAUGAUAGGAUAAGAUUUCAAGCUAUGCGGAAGUUGCGAAAUGGCGGUAUAGUAGCGGUAUUAGCCACAAAAGAAGAUAGAGAUAGAUUGCUAAUGCAUGAUAUAAAUAAAAGUGAGGAUAUAGAGAUUUCAAUACCGGUUAGACGGAGACCCAGAAUAUUAUUGAUGGAUGUUCCUCGAGAAUUAGAAGUUCAGGAUUUGGUUCAAUUAUUAUAUAAGCAAAAUGGAGAUUUAAUUUAUGGUGAUGGAGUGAUGACUGAGGAUAUGUUUGUUAAAGAUUUUCAACCAUUGUAUAAAACUGGGAAAAAAAGAGAACUUUUAGUAAAUUGGGUAGUAGAAGUGGAUCCUAAGAUGCGUACAAGAGUAUUAGAACUUAAUAAGUUAUAUUUGGAGUAUCGUUGUUGUAAGAUAAAAGAUUAUUGGGAAAUUACGAAAUGUUAUCGAUGUCAAGUAUAUGGUCAUAUCGCGAGGUAUUGCAAAGAAGAACGGGAAAUAUGUUAUAAAUGUGGAGAGGAGGGUCAUCGCUCAAGAGAUUGUAAAAUAGAGGAAAUUAGGAAGUUAUGUAUCCCGUGUAAGAAAAUGGGCAAACAGUGUGGUCAUUAUUCAGGGGACAGAUUCUGCUUUGCUUAUCAGGUGGCAAUAACUAGGUACAAAAAUAGCAUUGAUUAUGGAUAA